GCGGGCUCCGCAGGGAGCCCAGGAAAGCCCCGCAGGGCGCCGCCUGGGCAGGAACGGCCGCUUGCCCAGUGGGAGGGGGGUCCCCCACUUCCUGCUCCGGCGCUGGCGCGGCGAAUGGACCCGGAGCGCGCAGGUGCUAGAGGAUCUCCCGAUGGGGUGGUUUCGCUCUGGGCUCACGUUCUCCGUGAGCUGCCUGAUCCUGGUGUGGGCGGCAGGGAGUGUGAGGGUCCUGCAGGGACCCACCUGCUUCUCCGACUACAUCAGUGUCUCCACCUGUGAGUGGGAGAUGGCUGGGCCCACCAACUGCAGAGCUGAGCUCCGCCUGUCCUACGAGCUGGAUUUUUUCUACUCUGACCCACAAGUUCACAUUCAACAGGCCGUCGGAGCAACAACAUCACCACACAUCAGAAACCACACGUGUGCCCCCGAAAACAGAGCAGGCGCGGUGUGCGUGUGCCACAUGCGGAUGGAUAACGUGGUCAGAGCGGACACGUACCAGCUGGACCUGUGGGCCGGUGAGCAGCUGCUGUGGAACAGCUCCUUCAAGCCCAGCGAGCACGUGAAACCCCUGGCCCCCAGGAACCUCACGGUUGACACCAACAUCUCCCACAUGUGUCUGCUGACCUGGAACAACCCGUACCCUCCUGAGAAUCACCUGUACUCCGAGCUCACCUACCUGGUCAACAUCUCAAAUGAGAACGACCCCACAGAUUUCAGAAUCUAUAACGUGACCUACAUGGGGCCCACCCUCCGCUUCGCAGCCAGCACCCUAAAGUCUGGAGCGUACUACAGCGCACGGGUGAAGGCCUGGGCUCACCGCUACAACAGCACCUGGAGUGACUGGAGUCCCAGCACCAAGUGGCGUAACUACUACGAGGAGACCUUGGAGCAGCGCCUCCCACUUGGCGUCAGCAUCUCCUGUGUCGUCAUCCUGGCUGUCUGCCUGUUCUGCUAUGUCAGCAUCAUCAAGAUUAAGAAAGAAUGGUGGGACCAAAUUCCCAACCCAGCCCGCAGCCCGCUCGUGGCUGUCGUCAUCCAGGAUUCUCAGGUGUCACUGUGGGGGAAGCGGUCCCGAGGCCAGGAGCCAUCCAAGUGCCCACACUGGAAGACUUGCCUUGCCAAGCUCCUGCCCUGUUUACUGGAGCAUGGCGUGGAAAGGGAUGAAGAUUCCUCCAAGGCUGCUAGAAAUGGGCCUUCCCAGGGUCCUGGAAAAGUAGCAUGGUGCCCUGUGGAGGUCAGCAAGACGAUCCUUUGGCCAGAGAGCAUCAGUGUAGUGCGGUGUGUGGAGCUGUUUGAGGCCCAAGUGGAGAAUGAAGAAGAGGAAGUGGAGGAAGAUAAAGGGAGCUUCUGCCCAUCACCUGAGAGCAGCGGGGGCAGCUUCCAGGAGGGCAGGGAGGGCAUCGUGGCCCGGCUGACAGAGAGCCUGUUCCUGGACCUUCUCGGGGGUGCAGAUGGGGGCUUUAGCCCACAGUGCUUGGAGGAGUCCUGCCUUCUUCCACCUUUAGAAAAUGCAAGUGCUCAGAAGCCCUGGGCUGAGCUCCCAAGUGUGCAGCCCCAGGAGCCAUCAUCCAAGGACAAGGAGCAGCCUUUGAACCCAGAGUCAAGUCCUCCGACCCAGAGUCCAAGCAGCCGGGCUUUCCCAGAGAUGCCCGCCAUCGUCGCAGACAACCCCGCUUACCGCAGCUUCAGCAGCUUCCUGAGUGAGUCCCCAGGCCCCGGAGAGCUUGACUCAGACCCACAGCCGGCCGAACGCCUGGGGGAAGUGGACUCUGGCAUCCCUGCCUCACUCCAGCCAUCUACACCACCCGCCACACUCCAGCCUGAGCCAGAAACCUGGGAGCAGAUCCUGCGCCAGAGCGUCCUCCAGCACAGGGCAGACCCCGGCCCCGCCUCGGCCCCCAGCAGUGGCUACCGGGAGUUUGUGCAGGCGGUGAAGCAGGGCAGCGCCCAGGACAGCGGGCCGGAGGGCUUCGGCCCUUGUGGAGAGGCUGGCUAUAAGGCCUUCGCCAGCUUGCUUGCUAGCAGUGCCAGCUGCCCGGGGACCUCUGGGGUGGAGCCCAGCCGUGGGGAGGGGGGCUACAAGCCCUUCCAGGGCCUCACUCCUGGCUGCCCCGGGACCCCUGCCUCAGUCCCCAUCCCCCUGUUCACCUUUGGACUGGACGUGGAGCCCCCUCACAGCCCUCAGGACUCACUCCUCCCAGGCAGCGCCCCAGAGUGCCCUGGUUUGGAGCCAGUGGUCAAAGGAGAAGACAGCCGGAAGCCCCAGCUCUCCCCGGAGCCGGCCGCAGACCCCCUCAGGGACGACCUGGGCAGCGGCAUUGUCUACUCAGCCCUCACCUGCCACCUGUGCGGCCACCUGAAGCAGUGCCACGGCCAGGAGGAGCAUGGCAAGGCCCAAGCCUUGGCCAGCCCCUGCUGUGGCUGCUGCUGUGGCGACAGGUCCUCACCCCCGGUGAGCCCCCUGAGGGUCCUGGACACCCUGCCCGGUGGGGCUCCCCUGGAGGUCAGCCUCUCUCCGGCCUCCCUAGCACCCGUGGGUGUCUCAGAGGAGGGUAAGUCCUCCCUGUUCUUGCAAACUGCCCCCAGCGAUGCUCAGAGCUCGAGCCAGACCCCCACAGUGGCGGCCAUGCUCUCCCCAGGGCCAGUGUGCAUGGACGCCUCCUAAGUGUGUGCACGCGCUUCUUGCCGAAGUCUACAGGUGAGGACCGGGCCUUACCCGUGCCUGCGAAAUGCCUCCUCUGGGAAGACAGCCAGGCUGGCAGAGUCCCGAAAGACUCUGACGACCCUGGCAUGCCGUUGUGAAGCUGUCCAACACUGGGGCUGCAGACACUGGACGCCCCCGGCUCCCAACGUUGGCCAGGGCUCACCACAUCCCGUGGGAGUGGAGGGCGCCAGGCAGCUGUGCUCACAGCAGGCACCUGCAGGCACUGGGAGGUUCCUGGGCACCUCGGCUUGUGAACGAGCUGUUGACCACUUCAUCUGUCCGCAGCGGCCCCAGCGGACUAUCCCUGUCACGCUCAAGGUGCGUUUCAUCCACUGAGUCGCUCCAUUACCCAUGUCUCACCCAGGCCUGGGAUUAGGUACCACCAUCUCACUGGAUUGGACUGAGUCUUGAAACUAACCAAGCCAGCAGGGGAAUGACUUGGGAAAUUGAGGUCCAGGAAGGGUGGUCAUCUGCCCAGAGAUGGCUGUUCGUUUCACAGGUUGACACUGGGAGCAGAGUCAGAGCUACGGAGGGGUUGACUGAGGAUGCGAAAAAUUGUGAUCACCAAGCAGUGACAGCUUGCUGCCAGCUUCCCACACCGCUGUGAGGCUGGGGAGUCCUGUUAAGCAUUGGAUUCCCAGACUGUGCAUGCCUAGCGACCUUAGGGCCGGCGUGCGCCCCCAUGGACGCAGUCGCUGGCAUCGAUGGUUCAGAGGGAGUGGCUCAGCUCCCCUGAUCCAGCGAGCUGGCGUCCGAGAUGCUGACACUGGGCGCAUCCCCUGCACAUCAGCCCCGACCUCGGGCUGAGUGAUGCUUGUUUGUGUGCAUCUCAAAAAUUGUUUCAUCACCUGGUGUUUGUGUUUGCUGAGGAGGGUGGAAGGGGAGAGGAUGGAGUUUUGUAUAAAUAAAGGUUCUUUAUCUCC